AUGUUAGCACCGGAAGAGUUGAACACAGCAGAGGAAUAUAUUAGCCUACUUCGAUGGCUGAUCCUGCAGGACGUGCCCCUUCGAUCGGCUGUCUACUUGGUUCAGUAUGCGGUUCAUGAGUGGCAGUUCAUCCUAAACACUAUUCGAUUUCAACAAGAAACAACACGACGGAAACAAAUUCGAGGCAUGCGAAAUUAUUUCGGCUUCAUGGCCGCUCUCCUUUUGUUUAUCUACGAUCAACCAACUGGUUGUGACCCCGCUGAGGCGGAUACCUUACAAAAGGCAUUCGAACCAUUUUUUGAUUCCACUCGUAUCGACUUCACUUUGUCGGAAACUCAAGCGAAACGUCCAAGACUCGCUCGCCCAAAUGGUGUUCCCAACCCUACCGGUUCCCAUGAGAAUACGGUUCAAGCAGUUUUCGGCCGAUUGCUUUCAUCCGAACGUGAGGAUGCGUAUCUGUGGCUGGCAGAUCCAAAACCCUCAUGGCCAGAUCCUUCUCAUGAUGCUGGACGCGACAGUUCAUCACUGUCCAAAACGGUAGCUGUUUCUCUGGAUCGUUUGUCGUUCGAAGUUCUCACUGAAUUGAUCCUCUGUUGUCGAUCAGGAUGGGCGGUUCAUUUACGUUCCCGUUUGGCUACAGAUCUACAAUCUCGGUUUUGUCGGGAUCAGUUUGCCCAAUUCUCUCCGAUGAGCAUUCAUCUGUCUGUCUGGCGCGUUCGUUUCGUCCUUAUCAGUGGUUUGAUACUCCAACAAUGCCAUUUGUGUCACAUCGGUCCAGAGUAUCCUCUAGGGAUACGGGUGAAUCCCAGUUUGGCAUUUUUUGUCCAUCACUACAAGCGUAUAUUGCGUUUAUUUCAAACACGCAAAUCAACAGACAGUAGCGAAUCCGGGCAGCUAACCAAUCUACCCGUUCUCCUAACCGGACUCUACUGGUCAUCUGUGUUCGUUCUCUCUCAUACAGAUUCAUCAAAUGUGGCACAGUUGUUCAUACCAUCUUGUCUUCUAAGUGAUCAACAAUCCUGUGAUACAAUUGAUUUUCUUUUGAAGAUGUGUGAUCCACAUGAAUCGAAUUUGGAUCCUAACGGGGAUAUGAUCAGACUUCGACUAGAUUUGGUCCGCUUCCAACUCAUGGAGCUUCGAAUCCACUUCACAGCGAAUCGCACUCCCGAGAUGAAUUACCUCUGUCUUCCUGACGACGUUCAUCAUAUUUUAAGCUCCAUUUGGGACAAAUUGAUCCCAACUUUAUCCAUCUCCGUUUACGACUCUUCCUCUCCAGAUUCGAACAGCGACAAUCUCAGAUGGGCUACGCUUCUUCUAUUCACUUACGCAAAAAGUCCUGCAAUUCUGAAACGCGAACAAAUCGCUGCCUUUAUGACCAUCCUACAACGAUCGGUACCCGUGUUUAUGCGUUCUACGGGGGCACUCCAUCAGACAAACAGUAUCCAUUCCGUUAGCCCCAGUCAUCAGGGAACUUUCGACGAAGACGAACAAUCAGGUGAAGUACAGCGUCAAGCAAAGCAUGGCCAAUCGCUAGACAAACAUUACCUAGAAUUGCUCGGUGAAUUGUUACGCUUUUCAUUAAGAACUGGUGACUUGGAAGUGGUUGUUUGCAUACAAAGGCGGUUAACUGAUGAACUAACUCAGAGUUCUUGUGGUGAUACGGUUGAGGCAAUCCAUUGGUAUUGUUCCCUGGUGAAUGUUGUUCACCUUGCCUUGCGUUCCCUCGACUCAAUCGAUUUUACUCCGAAAGAGGAUAUCUGUGCGGCAUUUAUCAGUGUCUUAAUAGAUGCACUCCGAGAAGCCUUCAAAGCUCGACUGGCCCGAGGUAGCUCACAGAAAAGCAUGCUUCAUUUAAUCUAUCUAAUGCGAGCCUAUUGCCAACUGGUGGACUGUGUUUGUCUGCUAGUCGAACGGUUUGAAUUGCAGUCCCAAAACGAACGUUGGCGGGUCAUCGGAUGUCAUUUGGAUCAGUUGUGUCAAACCGUGUGGGCAGUAUGUACCAAGCGUUCCUCGGGACUACUUUUCGGUCUGGAAUUCUGUACUACCGAAUGUUUGUAUGCUUGGAUAAGUUUGCGUGCUCUUGGACUUACGGGAGCCAAUUCCACUCCGGAUUACUGUCUGUUAAGUUUACUGCAGCACCGUGUGCCCACAGUCCUGUUACGCAUUGUUGAUUUUCUUCAAAGCAUGUUCAUGUGCCCACGCGGAGAGUUGGUGAUCAAAGAUCCAUCCUUGACCUGGUAUUUUCGCCGAGGCAAUCAGAUACGACCACCAAUUGCAUCUAGUGAUCACUCAGUUCUGCGUAUACACUGGAGGCGUGGCGUACCCCAAACGGCCAGACCACAGGACGGACGGAAUGUGUGGUGCUCAUCCUUUCCGGAUAUGCAUCAGGCUGCAUCGCUCACAAAUUGGGAUUCUCGGAACCCUGAGGAUGUGGAUGUAUCCUGGGAGUUGGGUCGUCAUAGAAUCCAGCAACUCAUACUGGAAUUCUCUCCACCUCACCGCCACCGAACACACGCUAUGGGCCCGCCGUGGUUUGACCGAAAACUGCGGGCGUGCCUCCGGCGGCGAAAUAAAGCCUGGUCCAGGUAUCGUGUGACAGGCGCACGAUAUGAGGAAUAUCGAGGUAUUCGGAAUUAUUGUACUGCACUAAAAAAAUGCAAGAGAACCAGAUUCGAGGAACGACUAGCAGCGGAUUCAGUACAAGCACCAAAGCGAUUGUAUGCCUACCUCAGGCGAAAAAUCAGAGCAACGGCUGGUCUCCCAACUCUCGCCAAAGAUGGGGCACUAGCCGAAAAAGAUGAGGACAAAGCGGAGAUUCUUUUAACAAAACUGGAACAAGUGAGUUGGAAGCAGAAACACUCAGUGGCCGUAUUGCCACUAAUCGAUUGUAUUCUCCGACUGCUGACGGUUCGUCCGUUCCGAAUGGACGCGCCAGAGUUGACGUCAAGCGAGGACCAAUCGUCGGAUCUAUUCUCCCUCAAUUUACAGGUUUAUAGACUUCUGAUGACCUGUUUGGUCUGUCUGCCCGAUUCCAUGUUCGAAACAGACGAUCUGGAGACAAAAACAUCUUAUCUACCCAUAAAACGACCUAGAGUACGGUAUUUGGUUGAAUUAUGCGUACAAUUGAUACGUUGUGUCUCACGCCCGUCUUCGCCGGUCUAUCUGAGUCAGUGUUCGCGUAUUUUUACCCUAUUUCUCGAACUUUUGGGUACCGAAAAGGACGAUUUUGUCAUCCAUACACGACAAUACUUAAUACCUGCUAUUCUUUCACGUCAUGUUGUCGCAGACAGUUUGCCUGCGUGCGAUUGCGUCAAAUCCAUGUUGGAAAACUUUCCGUGGCCUUGUUUGGGCUUAGAUCACUACGCGGAAGUACAAUCGUAA